AAUAUGGCCAACACUAAACAGAAUGCGCAGGCUGGAGGUGCAAUCCAAAAACCAAUUCUCCGAUCCUCUCCAAGGCACAAGAAACCUGAAGGUCUUUCAGAUCGUAAUGAACUGCAAUGUCAUAGUUCCCCAAAACCCGAGCUCCGAAAAUCUCCCAGGCUUAAAAGAAAAGAUCGGCCGAGCACUUUGACAGUGGUGCAGGCAUUGAGUGGCUCAAGGUCAAAGAAUGUGCAAAGCCAUUCUACUCCCUUGCCCGUCACCCCAAAGCUAAAGCCUAUAUCUGACAAUGUACAAAAACAGAUCAAGCAGAAGAGAAAGCGGGAAGAAGUCGAAAGUGAAAGUGUCGCCAAGCCUUCUAGGGGUGGGUUGAAACUCCGAAAACGUGGAUGUGUUUCAAUGCACCGCGUUGUGAAACGUAAGAUAAAUGGACAGAAACCAACGGUUUUGUUUAAUGAUAAGGGACAACCGUAUGGCGUGGCUGCUGCAGAGAUGCAAUCUUAUAUUGGAGUAUUGGCAAGGAUAAAAGCUCCAAUAUGGUUUGACACUUGGAGGCAAGUUCCGGUAACCAUCAAGAACAAGAUUUGGAAAUCUGUCACGUUGGGGUUCGACCUACCCUUUUCUGCACAAAAACUUGUGCUGCAGUCGGCUAAUUCGAAGUGGAAACAAUUCAAGAGUACCCUGACAUGUAAAUAUAUUCUCCCCUUUCGAGAUGAACCUGAGAGGCUGAGGAAUCCACCAGAGGACUUCUCUUUCUUGGAGAAGAAUCAUUGGGAUAUUUUUGUUGCUGAUCGUCUAAGCCCUGAGUUCUUGAAAGUCCAUGAUGAGCAUUAUCCACUGCAGUUGAAACGGCUAUGGUUGUGGGCUAAGGAAGCAUUGUCUGAUGAUAGAGCACAUACUUUUGUCCUUAAUAAAGAUGCCUUUGGGGUGGAAAAGAAGUUAUCAGUUUUUCUGAGUGAUAUACAUGCUCUGUGCGCUCGUGGCGAGAUGGCUGGAAGCAUAAUUACAUUAUACAUCCACUGCCUGUAUGAGCUUGUGAAAAAAAACAAAAUGCUUCAGAUGAUCUCUUUCGUGGAUCCCGGCAUGGUAGGGACGCUUGCAUGUGGGAACAUAGGGCAGAGGUCACGCAAGCUUGCUGAUCGCUUUAAGGGGGCCUGUGAUGGACAACACUUUCUAAUACCGUUCAAUGACGUGAAUCAUUGGGCUUUGACUGUUGUCAAACCUAAUGAAGAGGUAGUGUACUACAUGGACCCCCUUAAACGGCGUAUAUAUAGUCAGGAGUGGACUGAAGUGGUUGAUAAUGCUAUAGUUUUUUACAAGAAUACCAUGAACACACCUAUGUUGAAGAAGAAAGUGUCCUGGGAGAACAUGGCGGGCAUCCCGAUGCAAAAAGGGAGUGUAGACUGUGGCUUGUUUGUAAUGCGAUACAUGAAAGAGAUCUGUCAGGAUAAGGAGGUUUAAUUUGCUUCAAAGUGGGCGCGUCGGGGAAAUCUGGAAUACACCGAGGAUGACAUCAAUCAAACAAAGGUUGAAUU